AAAAAACAGUAUGGCGUUGGUAUUCGUUCUCUCGCCGCCAGUGGAAGCAGGGGAUAUAUUCGUGCCCCCGAAUCACUCCUCCCUCCUGCAGUCUCCUCGCCGACAGCCAGGGAAAGCCGUGUUGCAAGAAGGGAAAUUCCAUUGCGAGAUCCGGUUCCGGUUGAGACUUGAGAGAUGGCAGAGACGGUGUUCACCCCAUCUUUGGAAGGGAUGAAGCAUGUCAAGGCAGAGAACGGAGUCAUUCUCACCAAGCCCUUCCUUGAUGUCUGCAAGCAAAUCUUGCCUGUCCUCGAUAAAUUUGGAGCUGCUAUGGCAAUUGUAAAGACUGAUAUCGGUGGCAAUAUCACAAGACUGGAAAACAAGUAUUGUUCAGAUCCAUCAAAGUAUGAACAUUUGUACACCAUGGCUCAGGAAGAAGUUCAAAACAAGACCGCAAAAGGUUCCUCAAGCUGCACAAAUGGGCUUCUGUGGCUCACGAGGGCCAUGGAUUUCCUUGUCGAGUUGUUUCGUAACCUGCUUGAGCAUCCAGAUUGGACCAUGAGUCAAGCUUGCACUGAUUCAUACACCAAGACUCUGAAGAAAUUUCAUGGCUGGCUUGCCAGUUCUAGUUUUACGGUGGCCAUGAAGCUUGCUCCCAAUAGAGAUAAAUUUAUGGAGGUCAUUAGUGGAACUGGUGACAUCAAUGCAGAUAUUGAGAAAUUUUGCACAACCUUCUCACCUUUCCUCAAAGAAAAUCACAACUUUCUGGCGAGCGUCGGUCUUGAUGAUAUGAAGGCUUCAUAGAGUAAUCUCCAUGCUAAUUACAAUAAAAUAAACAUGUCUUAUGAAACUCAAGUAUUCCCGAGGAUAUACCUGUUUUCUGUAGCCAUCUUCCCCUUGGAAAACUAUACAGGAUGGUAAUAAUUUGUCAGCGUGAUCGACCAUGGCUACUUACACUGUUACACAGAGAAUUGACAGUACUCAACAAAUUUAGUUUCCAAACUCA